AUGUUUCCUACCCGGAUGCGGAGGAAUAUCAAGGCGUGUCUCUUCGACAUGGACGGUCUCUUGAUCGAUAGUGAAGACAAGUACACCGUCGCUGCCAAUAUCGUCUUGAAGACCUACAACAAGGGUCCUAUGACUUGGGAUAUUAAAAUCAGAUUGCAGGGUCUUCCCGGCCCGGCUGCCAACAAGAUCAUGCUUGAGGCCUAUGGGUUACCGCUUACUAGCGAAGAGUUCAUGGCGAAAUCCACCAUCGCCCAAGAGCAAUUGUGGCCAACAUGCAAGUACAUGCCCGGUGCCAUCGAAUUACUCAAUUACUGCCAGGCAAAGGGCAUUCCGUUUGCUUUGGCCUCUGGGUCAAACACCUUGAACUACGAGAGAAAGACCGGGCACUUGCAAGAUGGCUUCUCCUUGUUCAAGCAUCACAGGAUUCUCGGCGACGACCCAAGAUUGGUCGGUAGAGGUAAGCCUAAGCCAGACUGCUGGCUCUUGGCGUUGGCUUCGUUGAACGAGGAACAAGCCAAGCAGGGCAAACCAGAAAUCAAGCCAGAGGAAUGCCUUGUCUUUGAGGAUGGGAUUCCAGGCGUCGAAGCUGGUAUUGCCGCUGGAUGUUACGUCAUUUGGGUUCCAGACCAUAGAGCCUUGGGUAUUUUGAACGGUAAGGAGAAGGAUAUUAUCGGCGACCGCGGCGAAAUCUUGAGCUCCCUAGCCGAUUUCGACGUGUCCAAGUUUGGGUUUUACCGCCGUUCCGACUAUGCAAAACCUUGUUGCGCCGUUCGUACCCGCAGUGAAGGGGCCUCAAUACCAGACAGUGGCGCUUGGUACUUGUCAAUCCCAAGAGCUCUCCCUGGUAUGGUUACUCCAUGGUUUGCCAGCCCUAGAUGUUCUAAGCCGACCAACGCCCGAAUACCGUCCAGGAACGCAUGA